UACAUCAUUAAAAGUCUAACCUUUAAAACUGCCAAUUCAACAUGAAACAUCAGUUUAGAGUGAUUGUAUGCAAGAAUAAGUCUACAUAUGAUGAUGUUAUAGUUUCUUGUCAAUUUAUUUGUCAGUACAACAACGUUGGUGCAGUUAAAAAAGUUGAAUGUCAAAAAUCAAUCACUGCUUGUGAUUGCAUUCACAGAAAAAGUAUUCUGCCAGUGCUGUUGAGGGAGAAAGGAUUCAAUGCAUAUUUAAUUUCCGCAUAUGUAUAUACGAUGAAGCGUUCAAGCAUUUACAGAAGAUCAGCAGUUCUGAAGCUGGUGCACUUUUUAGAAAAGAGUUGCAAACAGCUUGACUCAGUGGAACCUGUGAUACUAAUCAAAUUAAGGACUCCGCACGAUCAAUUCCUAGAUUACAGAUGGAAUGAGAUAUUAACUCGAAUGACCAGGGAACGAGAAGAAAUAGACCAUGCAAUGUCGUGGUUGUCAACAUUGGGAGGUGCCUUUUCAUCUCUUGGAGAUAAGUUCGAUCGUUGUGCUAAAUUAGCUGGCAAAAUAUCGGUUGAGCAAUUCAAAUUAGCCAUGAGAUUGGGUGAUCCUCAGUUAGUUGCUCGCUGCAAGCUUUAUGCAGCCUUGAGUCUGCUUCAGCAAGGUCAUUUAAAAGCUGCUAGAAACAUGGUAAGGAAAAUAUUUCAAUUUGCUGUAAACAAUAAAGAUGUGAGGUUGCAAAGAAUGUGUCAAGGUGUUUGGGCCAAAUUAAGGUAUAGUUACCAUCAAAGAAAACAAAGAGUUAAGUAACCAAGUGAUUUUUAAGACAAUUGAUGAAAAAACAAAAAAAAAAUUGUACAUCAGGU